UCACUGCUGUUCAGUGUGUGGGAAAAAACUGUCACAAGUUAUCAAAACUACAUAUACAUAUGAGAACACACACAGGAGAAAAAUCGCACUCCUGCUCUGUCUGUGGGAAGCAUUUCGGUGAGAAAGGUAACCUGAAAAGACACCAGACAGUGCACACAGGAGAGAAGCUGUACAGUUGCUCUGUAUGUGGCAAUAGUUUUGCUUUCCAAAUAAACAUGAGAGAUCACGAGCGAUUACACAUGGGAGAGAAACCUUACUCCUGCUCCGUGUGUGGGAAGAGUUUCUCUUCAUCGUCAAUUCUCACCAAACACCAGAGAACACACACAGGAGAGAAUCAAGUGUCUGUAGCUGUAGAGGAGUGUGGUCUUACACCAGUAUUGGUUAUCAAAGUGAAAGAAGAGGAAGAGGAUCCUGCUUUUGCAGAGAGACCUGACCACUGCUCUGACAGUGAAAUACCUGACCACUGCUCUGACAGUGAAGAGAGUCUCUCUACAUCAGGAGAACCUGAACAAAACCAGGAGAAUCACACAGCUAAGAGCGCUCACUGCUGUUCAGUGUGCGGACAAGACUGCAAAAAGUUAUCAAAACUGCAAAUACAUAUGAGGAUACACACAGGAGAGAAGCCUUACCCCUGCUCUGUGUGUGGAAAAGAUUGGCAAAGGUUAUCAGACCUUCACAAACACAUGAGAACACACACAGGAGAAAAACCAUACUCCUGCUCUGUGUGUGGGAAGCAAUUCAGUGAGAGCGGUAACCUUAACAAACACCAGAAAAUACACACAGGAGAGAAAUCUUACCCCUGCCCUGACUGUGGGAAGAGGUUUGCUCACACAGGAGCCAUGAAAAUACACCUGCUGAAGCACACAGUACUCCAGAAACGCAAGCAGAUGCACACAGAAGAGAAACCUCACUCUUGCUCUAUAUGUGGAAUGACUUUUUCUACAUCGUGGAAUCUCACUAAACACCAGAAAAGACACUCAGGAGAGAGGGGUCACGUCUGUGACAUCUGUGGGAAAGGGUUCUCUGAAUCCACACACCUGAGGGCCCAUCAGAGGACGCACACUGGAGAGAAACCCUACCAGUGCUCUGACUGUGGGAGGGGCUUCUCCCAAUCAGGAAGUUUGAGAAGACACCAGCAGAUCCACUCUAGAGAUGCUGGCCUGGUCCCUGAUGCUGGCCUGGUCCCUGCUGAUGGUGAUGCUCUUGAUCCACCUACUGACUGUACCUCCAACGUCCAUGUGUCAAUGCAUGGUCGGGGGAUGUUACGUGAGCACCUCCGUCAGAUACCUGGGAUUAGUGCUGCCUUAGUGGAACUGCAGGUAAAAGAAGAAGAAGUUGGUGGUGGUCUGAUCAAUUCUGAUGGAGAAGAAGUUGGAUUGGAUCCUACUCAACAUGGAAAGAGUUCAGACCAGGAGGAGAGUCCCUCUACAUCAAGAGAACCUGAACAACACCAGGAGAGUCACACAGCUAAGAGCUCUCACUGCUGUUCAGUGUGCAGAAGAGAUUGCCUAAAGUUAUCAAAACUGCUAAUACAUAUGAGAAUACACACAGGAGAAAAGCCUUACCCUUGCUCUGUGUGUGGAAAGCAGUUCCGUGAAAAAAGACAUCUUCAAGACCACCAGAAAGUGCACACUGGAGAGAAACCUUUCGUCUGCUCCAAAUGUGACAAGAGGUUUGGUUUCGCUUCAGCCUUGAAAAGGCACCAGUGGUUACACACAGAAGAGAAACCUUACUCCUGCUCUGUGUGUGGGAAGGGUUUUACCUUACAAUCACGCAUGAAGGAACACUUCCUGACACACUCAGGAGAGAAACCCCACUCCUGCUCUGUCUGUGGGAAGAGUUUCAGCCGUCCAGAUCAGUUAAAGGACCACUCUAUGCAACACGCAGGGAAACCCCACUACUGUUCUGUGUGUGGGAAAAGCUUUGCCUUGUCUAAACAACUCCUGAAGCAUGAGAAGACUCACACAGGAGAGAGACCUUACAGUUGCUCUGUGUGUGGGAUGAGUUUCAGCGAGAAGGCAUAUCUUGAAGACCACCAGUCAGUGCACACUGGAGAGAAACGACACCCCUGCCCUGAUUGUGACAAGAGGUUUGGAUGUGCUUUGUCCCUACGUAAACACAGACUGUUACACAUAGAAGGGAAAUCCCACUCCUGCUCUGUGUGUGGGAAGAGUUUUGCAAGAUCAGCAGACCUUAAAGUCCACCACAAAGAUCAUACAGGAGAGAAACCUUACAGCUGCGCUAAAUGCGGACAGAGCUUCACCAGUUCUCAAAAACUUCAGAGACACCAGAAAACUCAUGUUGGUUUACCACCUGUAGAGUUUCAAAACCCUGUUACAAUUGAAGGAGGGAGGGAGGGAGAAGAUGAGGAGGAGGAAGUUGGUGGUCUGAUUCAUUCAGAUGGAGAAGAAGUUGGUUGGGAUCUUCAUCGUCUCAACAGGAGUUCUGACAAGGACGGGAAUGCCUCUACAUCAAGAGUACCUAACGAAACCAAGGGGGAUCUCAAAGCUCAGAGAUACAGUUGCUCUGUGUGUGGGAAAGACUGGAAGCGGUUAUUUGAUCUGAAAAGACACAUGACAACACACACAGGAGAGAAACCGUACAGCUGUUCUGUGUGUGGGAAGAGUUUUAGACGAGCAGACCUCUUGAAACAACACUUCUGGACACACAAAGGAGACGCAGGGGAGAAACCUUACCCCUGUCAUGUCUGUGGGAAGGGUUUCACAAGAUCAUCAGACCUUAAAAUACACAAUAGAGUUCAUACAGGACAGAAAUCUUCCAGCUGUGCCGAAAGUGGCCAGAGCUUCACCACUUCUCAGAGUCUUGGGAGACACAAGAAGAGACGCCACAGCUCACUUCCUGAGGAGGACCUAGCUGCAGAGGUAAAGAGUGAGGAGGACUUCACUAGUAUCAGUGAUGAAGAGGAGGAGGAGGAAACCUCUGCUGUGGGAGGGGGAAACAAGGACUAGCCUUACAUAUCAAGAUGUAAAAGUUACUGUACAGCAGGGUUUGGAUCCAUUCAGGAAGUUCAAUUGAGGACAGCUUAAUGAAUGAACAACAGAGACAGAAUGCAAAUAUGAAAGUUUAUUAAAAUAGUUAAGAGUUCAGGUGGGCCCUGUA